AUGUAUAAACCACCACCCUCUCUCCUUUCACGUUCGCUUCCUGUCUAUCAUCUAACGGCAUCCAAUACAUCUUUGGGGAAAACUAUCUUCUCAACACUUCUCUGUCGACAACUGCUCGCCAAAAAGCAAAUCCCAUAUUAUUUGAAGCCGGUUUCAACAGGACCAUUGAGUGAAGCUGAUGAUGUACAUAUUGAAAAAUUUGCAAAAGGAUCGAAAAUAGCAUGCUUGUUUAGAUAUGGUGAAGCUGUCAGCCCGCACAUAGCGGCAAGGGGCGUGAAGCCGCCAAAUGAUCACGAGAUUGUUACUGCAAUCUCAGAUCAAGUUAAAAAAUGGACAAAAAGUAAUGAAAGGACAGGAGAAGGCAUGAUCAUAGUGGAAGGUGCUGGUGGUGUACAUUCGCCAACACCUUCGGGUACAAGUCAAGUAGAUGCACUGAGACCUUUGAGGACGCCAGUGUUUCUCGUUGGUGAUCCGAAAUUAGGCGGAAUUUCUGCAACGAUUAGUGCUUGGGAGAGUUUACAUCUUAGAGGAUAUGACAUAGACUCCGUCUUGAUAUUCCAGGAAGAGAAGUAUGGAAAUUAUGCGUACCUAUCUAAGUACUUUCAAGAAAGAGGCAUAAAUACAACAAUUGUCCCGCCCCCACCAAAUCAAUUACCAAAUUUACAGGAAGAUGAAGAAUCUAUGUCUUCUUACUACUCAAGUGUUGCUCAAUCCGGCGAGAUUGAAGCUCUACUAGAAGCUUCCCAUCAACGAAACAUAUCACGAAUUGAGGAUCUGGAACAGAUGGCCACAAAAGCUCACGAAAAAAUCUGGUAUCCAUUCACUCAAAUGAAGCAUCUCUCAGCGGAUAAAAUACUUCCUAUAGAUUCUGCAUUUGGAGAUUAUUUCCAAACUCUGUCAACCCAAAACAAAUCCAAAUCUGGAGAGCCAGCUCGAGAAAAUCUCCUUACGCCCACAUUGGAUGGUUCAGGGUCUUGGUGGACCCAAGGCUUGGGCCACGGAAACCCUGCUCUCUCCUUAGCCGCAGCAUAUGCAUCAGGUCGUUAUGGGCACUGUAUCUUCGCUUCCACUGUCCAUGCCCCUUCUCUGAAACUCGCUGAGCAUCUCCUCACUAACCUCAAAAAUCCGCGUCUUUCGCGAGUUUUCUACUCUGACAAUGGUAGUACCGGCAUGGAAGUUGCUGUCAAAAUGGCCUUGACUGCUGCUAGUAAGCAUUAUAGUUGGGGAAACGAUGCCGAAAAGAGUAGAGAGGUGGGAAUCAUCGGACUAAAAGGCAGUUACCACGGAGAUACUAUCGGAGCUAUGGAUUUAAGUGAAGGAAGCGUUUAUAAUGAAAAAGUACAUUGGUACAAAGGAAGAGGAUUAUGGUUUGACGUACCAAAAGUCUGGAUGAAGGAUGGAAAAUGGGUAGUUUAUGAUGAAACCGGCCAGAAUACCGAGGAGAUAUUUGAUGAAUUAGGAAGUGUGUUCAGUUCUCAGAGAGAUAGUAGCAAGCUGAGGAAGAAGUAUGAAGAACAUAUUUUGGCUGAACUUCGAAAGGCCAAUGAACAGGGGAUGAAAUUCGGUGCCUUGGUUUUGGAGCCAAUCAUGCUUGGGGCAGGUGGCAUGUUGUUCUGCGAUCCCCUUUUCCAACGCACCCUAACAAAUGUCAUCCGCAACAUUCCUGAACAACUACUGGGUGAAGCCAAUCCUCCUCCCGAAGGUUACAAGCCCUCUUCAAACCAAUGGACCGGACUUCCCGUCAUCCACGACGAGGUAUUCACAGGUCUCUACCGUCUCGGACACUUCAGUCCCUCUACACUCUUACACACUCACCCGGAUAUCUCAGUUCAUGCCAAGCUAUUGACGGGGGGUUUACUACCCCUUUGCGCAACCGUCGCUAGCGAGAGCAUCUACGAAGCAUUCCUUGGCGAUGAAAAAAGCGAAGCACUUCUACACGGACAUAGUUAUACCGGUCAUGCCGUCGGUUGCGAAGUUGCACGUGUAGGUCUCGAAACCAUGGACAAAUUGAACAGCGAUAAGAAUGGCGCAUGGGAGGGAUUUAGAAAUGACUGGAAUUCCGAAGCUGGAGAACUCGUCUCUAAAUCUGCAUCAAAGAUAGAAAAUGCAAGUGAGAAUAAUCAGGUCUGGAGUAUAUGGAGCAAAUCCUUCGUCAACUCCAUCUCUCACCUGGAGUCGGUAGAUGGAGUGAUCGCUUUGGGUAGUGUAUUAGCUAUUACCUUCAAGGAUGAGCAAGGAGGAGGCUAUACGUCAAGAGUCACAGAAACAGUGAGAGAAAGUAUGUUGGAUGGUAAGGCUGCGGGAAUAGAUGGGGAAUGGAAUAUUCAUGCGAGGAUAUUGGGAAAUGUGGUGUAUCUUAUGGGAAGUCAGGUCAUGACUACGGAGCAGGUGAAGAGCAUUCAAGAUAGAUUGGGAGGAAUAUUGGAGUUGUGA